AUGAGUUUACAGUGGACGAUAAUCGCGACGUUUUUAUACGUCGAAAUUGCGGCGGUAUUGCUUCUAACUUUGCCGAUCGCUAGUCCUUCGAGAUGGCAGAAGUUCUUCAAAUCGAAGUUUCUAGCGUUUAUAUAUGGACAAGCCUCGAUAUACUUUCUUGUAUUGAUCGGAGUAUUGAUUCUCUGCCUACUUGAUGCUAUUCGUGAGAUGCAAAAGUAUUCUAACAUCGAGGCGACAGACCAUCAGCAUCUUGAUGCAGAAAUGCAGGGAAACAUGCGGCUAUUCCGCGCUCAAAGGAAUUUCUACAUCUCUGGCUUUGCACUGUUCCUUUUGAUCGUCAUUCGCCGGUUAGUGCAGAUGAUAUCUGAAUUGGCCACUCUAUACGCGCAAUCUGAGGCAAAUCUACGCCAAGCGCAAAGCGCAUCGGCUACAGCAAGGACUCUCUUGUCUCAGCAAGGAGAGGGUGAUUCUAAGAAUAAGAAAGAAGUCGAAGAUCUACGAAGUCAAAUCUCUCUUUUAGAAAAAGAAUUGUCGAAAGAGAAGAAGGACAAGGAAGCUGUCAAAUCACAAGCAGAAAGUUUGAAUAAAGAAUAUGACAGGCUAUCGGAAGAGCACAGUAAAUUGCAGAAGAAGCUAACCGUUGCUGGCGGUGAUAAGAAAGAUGAGUGA